GGCCGGCUGUGGUCGAGAUGAGGAACCGGGGCCUGGCGAUGUGUUUCUGGACGCUGCUGUCGGCGGCUGCGGCCGGGCUCUGUUGGGCUGUGGUUGGGCCGAGCGAACAACGGAGCAGGAGGAUCCUCCAGGACCUGCCUGAAUCAAAUCCGAGCCAGCUCAACGCCACCCGGCACAGGAAUGCUUUGGUAAUGCAAGUCAUUAAGGAGUCAGCAGACAGUGAGAAGAAUAUAGCUCGGGAGAUGGAUUGGAACAAACCUUCCAGGGCUUAGAUGUCACCAGUAACUGUGGCCUUUGGGACUGACCCUCGGUGUCCGAGCUGACCCCACUGUCCCGGAAUCGGACCUCACUCCCUCUGGGCGAAGUCCAGUCAUUCCUUAUAACUUAAGUCUGGC